AUACACAUUAUAAUUUGGAUACUAUAUUCUUGCGCGCAAUGGUGAGGGAGUAAUUAAGCGAUGUGCAUUUCCUGUCUGAUAACCAAGAGUUGGGCUUAAUAUUCAGGAAAAUGUAGAGGAUAUAUAUUAAAAUGGACAUUUUAACAUGACGGAGGUGUCGGUCCAAAAUGACGAAUUUCUUGUGCGUGUCCAGGCACAAGUCAUGACGCGAGAUGACUCCAGUGGAGGCUGGGUACCAAUGGGAGGAGGAGGGCUCUCAAAUGUAGGGCUCCGGAAGAUCACCCGUAAGACAGGGGAGGAUCUACUGCACAGUGAAUAUCUCAUUUACGGCACUAGGAUAGCUGACAAUUCGGUUGUUCUAGACUGCCUUCUAAAGCGAGAUAUUCGCUAUGUGAAAGCCAACCCCAAGUUUCAUCAUUGGCAAACUGAUGCUAAAAGAUUUGGUCUUACUUUUGAGCGUUAUGAUGAUGCAAAGGCGUUCGACAAGGGAAUCCGGAGUGCAGUGGCUGAUCUUGUGGACGGUGGAUCAAAUGGCAAUGCACUGAAUACAGAUGGGGAUGAUGAAGUUUUUGCUAUCUUAGAUCUUCCGAUCUCUCGAUCUUCAUCCCAGUCAGCCAGUACAACGUCCACUACAACCAGUAGCCCCACUCCUCAAUCACCAACUUCAAACGUCUCUGGCCUGGACCCAUAUUAUGUUCACAACCAUCACCAUGUUCACAGAGUUCAUUAUGUAUCAACUUCGCCUCAUAAAGCCAACAAAAAGCCAGUCACUCCUCAGAGUGAUAGUUCCAGUAAAUCAGACAGUUACCACCAGGAUGUUUGGGUCCACGGUGACGACCCAAAUUCCUUCAGUUCGAAAUCUGAUCAGGGACUUUUAGAUAGUCAUUCAGAACAUGAAAUGAAGGAGUAUUCUUAUGUUAUAAUAGCAAAAACUCAAAAACCCCAUGAGUACAGUUACCCCACUCUAGAAUCUGUUCACAAACCCCCCUCUAAAAGGGAAACGACCAGCAACAUAAAACAUCAACCUUCCAUUCAGGAGCAUCCACCUCUCCCCAAGAAAAAGGAAAAAAAAAGAACUAAUCACCCUCUAUUAGGAUCUUCUAAGUUUCGCUGCAAACACUGCCAUGACAACUUUACUCAAGAGGAAAAUGGUCGUGGUAGUUGCGAAGAGGCCCCAGACGGGGUAGAAAAGUGUAUAGAAUAUGUCACCUGUGUUUGGUGUGCAAAGGGACUAAUAUAUCACUGUAUGAGUGACCCUGAUGGGGACUAUGGGCACCCAUGUUACUGUGAUCCCAGUGAUGCUAAUAAUUGUAAAAAGUGGACUGCUUUAACAAUUUUGUCAUUUUUUGUUCCGUGUCUAUGGUGCUACUGGCCAUUAACGGCCUGUCAUAAGUGUGGGGUGAAGUGUGGAUGUUGUGGAGGGCGACACAAGGCAGUAUAGUAAAGAAUCAACCGCAUCAUCAACAUCCUAAACUUCUGCUUAGCAGAAGAUUGACGUUGGGUACAAAUAAGGAAAAAUCGACAACUUUAAAAGGAGGACACUGAGGCAUACCUACUUUUUCUUAAGUACUAAUGCCCUCUUGCAAGCUCCUGAUGGUAGUCUGUAAAUUCCUCAGAAAAAAAACAAGAAAAUUACAGCCUCUUUUUCACAAAUUGAGAAGCAGAUGACAUAUGAGGACUCGUGCUUGUACAAGAUAAACGUCUGCCUAAACUCUUUCUCUGUUGGGCUUCAAGGGAAUGCAGCAUCCUCCAAAAGAAGUUGAUGAUGCUUACUCCCACAUAAGCUCAUCGCAUGAACAGAGCUCCCUGUUGAAUAUUGAACCAACAAUGUGGCAUCACUUUACUGAUAUUUUCUCAGUAAAAAAUGCCUCAUUUUCCAGAGAGCUUUUUUCCCCUAUGCCUUAUGUCUACUUACAUUUUGAUGCCUAUUUUUUUUUUUAAUGUUUUGAAAGAAUUCUCAUGUUAUUAUAUCAACUUGUUUUUAUGUUCAUGAAAGGUACACUACAUGUACCAUUGUAUUUUAACUGCCACUGCUACUUCUAGUCAUUGUUUUACAUCUCUUUUAUAAUUCAUUAUUGUAAGACUCAUAUUUUGAUAUGUGAAAUGGAAAAGAGUGAAUUUAUUGUAAAAAAAUUGGGAGGGGAAAAAUUGUAUCCACAUCAACAGUAUUAAAUUCUGUAAAUAAAUUGUUUGGUACAUAAAAAUGGGGGAAAAAAUUGAAUGAAAUUAUACAACCGGAUUCUCUAAGGAAGUAAUAUAUGUGUACAUUGAAUAGGUUGAAUGCAUUUGUAAUAGAUCUUGAGUUCAUCCGUAGGGAAGUUAUUGUGUAGGAAAUCUUUAAAAUUUUACAAUUUACAGUAAACAAACACAAUAUGUGUCUUUUUUUAUGCUCUAAUGUACAUGUUCUAUAAAUUUCUGUUGAUUUUUUUUUUUACCCCAAAGUUAAAAAAAAGGUUAUGGUUAUGAUGAUUAUACAGUUGGGUAAUUUUUGAAGUACAGAUUCUACUAAAGACUUGUGUCCAGAGUUCGAUGAAGGUUGUAAUUGUUUAGUAUUAUUGCUAUGAGCAAAAAAUUUUGUAAGUGAUGUUUUAUGUGAAUUAUUAUUGAACCACAGGUCUCUGGUUUUAUUUUCUUAAAUGUUUGUACAUAAAAUUCAGACCAUAACUAAUAAUUUUAGAUUUCUCAUCAGUGUUCAGUCUAGAAAUCACACCAUAUGGGUUCUAGUAGGAUAACCAGACACUUCAGGGAGUUUGACAGUUUGGCCUUGACUGAUAGGUCCAACAUUCAACUUUUCAGUAGAGAUUCUGAGCUGGCUCUUGGGACAGUGAUAAUAUGGCCCCAGAAUUCUUAAAAUGUAAAUAGAA